AUGUCAAAUGGCGGCCAACCUCGGUCGUCGCCUGUCUUUCAUUUCACAGCUGGGCUAGGCUCCGGCAUCCUAUCCGCCGUCCUUCUUCAACCUGCCGACCUCCUCAAGACGCGUGUACAACAAUCCGGCUCGAGCUCUCUCAGCGCCUCCUUCCGCGAAAUUUUAGCUGGCCCAAAAGCCAUCUGGGGCUUCUGGCGCGGAACCGCGCCGUCAGCUCUGCGCACCGGAUUAGGAUCCGCCUUAUACUUCACCAGUCUCAAUGCGCUUCGACAGCAUGUUACGCGCUCGACCUUGCUCCGGAAUAUAGGCGUUGUCGAUGGCUCAAAGGUGCAGCCAUCGACGUCGUCCGCGCUCCCGAAGCUCUCGAACUUGGCGAACCUCACGACGGGCGCGAUAGCGAGGACAUCGGCGGGUUUUGUGCUGAUGCCUAUAACGGUGAUCAAAGUGCGGUACGAAUCGAAUAUGUACGCCUACCACUCUAUUAUUGGCGCGAGCAAGGAUAUAUUGAAGACGGAUGGUAUUAGAGGGUUUUUUGCUGGGUUUGGCGCAACUGCGGUCCGUGAUGCCCCGUAUGCGGGGCUGUAUGUAUUAUUUUAUGAGCAGUUUAAGAAGCGGAUGAGUCGGAUGGUUCAGAAUGUUGGUGUUCCGGGUGCUCCAGAGAUGGCCAUGGCGGGGGGGACUUCGGCGUCUAUCAACUUUGGGUCUGGGGUUGUAGCUGCGGGGCUUGCGACGGCUAUCACGAAUCCGUUCGACUCGAUCAAGACGCGAAUCCAAUUACGGCCGAGGGAAUACCGGAAUAUGGUGCAGGCGUCGAGGAAAAUGAUCACGGAGGACGGGUUCAGGAGCUUGUUUGAUGGCCUGGCGAUACGGAUGGCGAGGAAGGCUAUGAGUUCGGCGCUGGCUUGGACACUUUAUGAAGAACUCAUUAGAAGAGCAGAGCUUCCUUGGAAAGAGAAAGAGAAAGGCCUCUCGUAA